UUCCUCUCGCCCCCUCCUGCCCUCUCCGCUCUGCUGCGGGGGAAGAAGUGUGAACUUGAACGCCGCCUUCACCGCUCAGUGAGUCCAGGCAGAGGCCACAGCGUCUCAGCAGCGGGUCCGCGUCGCUUUCUGUCACAACUUUCUUUUCCCCCGGAGAAGCAGCAGCGGGACAGGCGGGUUCGGGAGCCGGAUCGCGGGGGUUCGGGAGCGUGUGAGUUUGCGCUGUGAGACCCAGGAAGGUGCCAAAGGCGCAGCGCUCGACGCGAUGUCCAGGCGCAAACUUGGAAGCAGACCGCAGCACCUGAGUGUGUUUCAAGAUGCCACUGUCAUGGCGGAUGGCACCGGCUCACCAGAAGACCCUAUUCCUCCUCCUCCUCCUCCUCCUCCUCCUCCACAGGUCCAAGCCCCCAGUGAGGGUCGCGACCUCCUGACCUGCGGCAAGUGCAGCCAGGCCUUCCCCCUUGCCCACAUCCUGGCAUUCAUCCAGCAUAAGCAGGGCGGCUGCAGCUUCCGAAGCCAAGCCUCAAACGCCACCACCACGCCCCCCUCACCUGCCAACCGAACACAGCAGCGCGUCGCCAACGCCAAGCUGGGGCCGGGCUUCAUAGAGCUGAGGAGAGGGGCGGCCGGGGACCAAGUCUGGGGGGAGGAGCCUGGUGUGAAGGCGGAACCCAGCAAAGCAGUGCCUGAGGAGCCGUCCUACUUCACCUGCCAGCAGUGUGAUGGUGUGUUUCCGUCUGCAUGGGUGCUCCUACAGCACGCUCAGCACACACACUUCUUCAGCAUCUACCAGGAGGACAUGGACGGUGCCAUGGAUAUGAGAGGUGGAGAAGGUCUCAAAGAGCACAAACCUGCUGCAGCCACUCUGGACCCACGCCACCUGAGCCAAGCUCUUGCGUCAGCCUUUCAACCUACCGCCCUGCGCCACGGUCGCUCCCGUCAGACACACACCUCCUCCUCCUCCAGUAACCUGCAGGCUCUGAACUUUUCAGUGCGGCUCAGGGAGCUCGCCGAAGGGAAUAACAGCACCACUGGCAGCUCACCCGAAGGGCUGAUGCUGUCUCCAUCCUCCUCUCCACCAGCAGCGUCUCCCUUUCCUCGGACUGGCACCCUCCAGACAGACUUCCAAUGUGAGCUGUGUAACCAGAACUUCCAGUCGCUGCGCGCCCUGUCCACCCACCGCCGGACCCACGCCUGCGAAAGGCCCUAUCACUGUGGAGUGUGCGGACAGGCCUUCGCCCAGAGUGGCCAGCUGGCCCGUCAUAUAAGGAGCAAUCACAGAGAUGCUGGAGGAAGUGGAUAUGAGUCGGUGGACACGAUCAUAUUAGAGGAGGAGAUAGGAAGACAGGGGAUGAGAGGGAGGUUUCAAAUGCAACCAGCUGGAAACAUGGGAAAGGAUGUGAGGGCCCAGGGCCCCUCUGAGCUGGACCUGACCCUGCCCAAACACCCCUCCAUAGCUUCAGGCGUGAUGCUGCUGACCUCGCAGGUUAGACCGCCAGACAGGGAGUUGCUGCGGCUGUACCAGCGCCAGAGAGAGGCAGGAGAGGGAGGGGAGGAGGAGGCAGAAGGGCAGGGGGAGCCCCAGCACACCUCGCCAUGCGCCAGCCCCUCCGAAGGCUCACUGGAGAGCGGAGAGACUGGGGGCAGUGGUGAGAGCGGCAUCGCCAGUGGCAACUGCACGCCCAAACGUCCAGAGAUGGGCGACAGAGUGCGAGGAGUUGGAGAGUGGGAGAAUGAAAGAGGAGAGAUCAUUGAGCAGGAGACGGAAUGGAGCUCAGCCAAAGUCAGCGAGGCGGUGCAGGAGUGGCAAAGGGAGAAUGACCGCAGGACUGUAGUGGGAGGUGUUGGCGUCGCUGUAAACAGUAGCAACACAACGGCUGGUUCAGCCGGUAAGAAAAAGAAAGAUGAGGCCUGCGAGUACUGCGGAAAACAUUUCAGGAACAGCAGCAACCUGACCGUGCACCGCCGCAGCCACACAGGUGAGCGGCCGUACCGCUGCGGCCUCUGCAACUAUGCCUGCGCCCAGAGCUCAAAGUUAACGCGCCACAUGAAGACCCACGGUGCCCAGGGGGCUAAAGCUUCCUUUCUGUGCCAGCUGUGCAGCGUGCCCUUCACCGUCUACGCCACUCUGGAGAAACACUUGAAGAAAGUGCACGGCCUGAGUCACGGCAGUGUCGGAGCGUACGCGCAGGCCAGCGCUGCCGAAACUUUGGCUGCGAUAAAAGCAGAAGAAGAAGCAGUGGGGGUGAAAAUGGAGGAGGAUGAAGCCAGUUUGGAUCAGAUAGAAAUGGAGAGCAAAACGGAGGUUAACAUGGAGCUGGAGGAGGGCCAGAUCCAAGCAGAAUAUACGGAGAGCGGGAGUCCGGCCAUAGUGAGCACACUCCCACCUGAGUGCAGUGCGGAAGUGAGCUCGGCUGUGUGAGCUGUUCACACUGGUGACAUUAACAUAACACUGCACUGGAUUGAACUCAGCAUGCAAAUAGAAAGAAAUCAUCCCAUCCCCUGACAGCAAUAUCACAGCAGGCGGCAGUCUGGUCCUCUCCGUCUGCACCAACGCACACAGCGGCCAUGUUUUCCCCCAUCGUAUGCUGAAACUAGGUGCCUUCAGCUCUGUCAGACCACAGAGAAAAAACAAGGCUGUGACAUUCAACAGGGAGAUUACCAGAGCUGCUGAACAGGAAGUGAACCGCCACAGUCCACACCGACACAGGAAACUGAUCACCAUGUUGCAGCGCAGGAUGCAAAAGACGAGUGAUUUAUCUCUCUGGUGACCCACUGGACAGGUGGUGUCGGAUAUUAACUGUCAGAUAACACAGAGAACGAAUAAUAUGGAAUAUUAACAAAUACAAAAACCUUAGCAAUAGAGCGAUGUUAAUAUAUUUUCAGUAUCAACAGAUUGGGGAGGGGGGAUAUUAUGCUACCUGUAGCUGUUUUCCUUUGAGAAGACCUUUUAAAGACUAAAGACGUCCUGAACAGACACAGGGGUAAUUCGAAUCCAAACACUGUCCGCCUGCAGUUUCUCACACUCCUCUUUUUAAAAGCGCUGGCUUGUCACAACACUUGUCACUUAACAUAAUGUUUACAGGGCUCACGGGGCCACGCGAGGCUGUGCUCUGACUUUGUGACAGUAUGUAUGGACCAUCUUCUGUUUUGUUUUUCUAUUUUUAUAAAUGUGAACGAGGGGACUUUAAAGUCUCACCUACUGAUGCUUUCCCAUAAUUAGUUUCUAUGCAUAAGAAAACACCUUGCCAUUUUAUCUCCAUGUGAAACGGGUGUGUAUCAUUAUUUUCCUCUCUGUGUACCUAGUAUCGUGACGGUAAUUCCUCUCUUUCAUUGUUUACAUUUGUAAAGUGCCGGACUGCUUGAAGCUUGUGCAUGUUUUGCAGCCAUUUAAAACUGUCCUUUUGUUUGUUUCUUUCUUUUGUUGUUGCCUGUGUUUGCGUUAUUAUUCCUAAUUUAUGAAUGCUGCAUGUUGGUGAUUGUUUAGCUGAUAAAGUCUGUUUCACUGCUGAACUACAGGGUUGAGAGGUGCGGUCAUAGAGAGCACUUGAGUGAGUGAGUAAGUUGUUCGAAUGUUGUAUGUCUACAGAAGACAAAAAAAAAAACUCCUCUACUUGAAUCCUCUGUCCUGUGACCUUGCGUCCUGAGCGCAGCGGGUCAGAAUCCCCGUGUCGUGCUUCAGAUGUAUCCUCAUGUGUCAGCGAUGAGGAUUCAAACACACGUCCAGAGUGAGACUUCAAGUAGAGCCCCACCACCAUUUUCAUAACUACUGUGAGGACUUUAAUACCACGAUUUCUAUACUUUGUGUCAGGGAAAACCAGUUCAUAUGUGAUGAAUGAUUGCGAAUGCAUGCAGUGUAACUGUUCAGGGACAAUAUUUUUGUACAUAGAUUCACAUACUUGCUGUUGCUAUACUUAUUAUUAUUAUUGUUAUUAAUAAUAUUAUCUGCCUGUCACUGUUACAUCCCCUCCACUUUUUCCCCAGCACUGAACGCUGGCUGUUGUGAAGCUGUACCACUCUACUGUCUUUGUAAACUCCACAGCAUUUUGUACCAUGUCAUGAGGAUCCUCAAUAAAAGAAUUGAGGUGAAAUGUGUUGUAUCGUGGAAUUUUUUUCUGCUUUUGGUUGUUUUUUUCCAUGCAUGUUUAAUUAAUAAUAAAAAAAAUUCUCAUUCUGGGACCCACUACAAA